AGAGCCUCCAUCAACUGCACGCAGAAUAGCAUUCUCGACGCAGAGCGGUGACGAUGACGGGAACGAAGGAGAGGUUACCAACUUCCUGAACACGCCUGGCAGGGAGAAGUCGACGUGGAAUCCAAACGAUGGAGCUGGCGAGGGGCCGGAAACGCCAAUGCCUAACAGAACGAAGCGGUCGAGGACGACUACAAACGGGAACAAGGCUGUUACGCUGACGCUACGAGAUCAGGAGAAGCACAUCGACAGCCUCAAGAAAGAAAACUUCAACAUCAAGCUCCGCGUCCACUUCCUCGAAGAACAGCUCGCCAAACUCGCCCCAGACCAGAUCGAUGCCGCCCUCAAACAGAACAUCAACCUCAAAAUCGAGGUCCAGCAGCGCGGCAUGGAGCUCAAGAAGCUCAAGAAGCUCGUCCUCGAGCUCGAGCGCGAGCUCGAACGCUCCCAGCGCGCCUCCGCCUCCUCCUCCAACGACGGCGGCCGCGCGCGCGUGAAGGAGCUCGAGGAGCAGCUGCAGGACGCCGAGUACGAGAUCCGCGAGCUGCGCCGCGGCAACGCGAGCGAGGCGGUCGAGAGCGCGCUGCGCGCCGCGGAGUCGCAUAAUGCGGAGCUCGAGGACGAGCUCGAUAGCGUGCGCGGGCUGCUCAAGGAUAAUAUGGACGAGAUUGAGCGGCUGCGCGAUGCGCUUGAGCGGCAGGGCGACGCGUCGAAGGACGAGGGGCGCGCGCGCUGGAAGCGCCGGGCGGAGGAGAUGGAGGCGCAGAAUGAGAAGUUCCGGAAGCAGGUCGAGGAGCUGUCUGCGCGCAGUCAGAGCCGGGCGCAGCUGAUUGAGGAGAGGGAGGACCGCGAGGCGAUCGAGGACGAGAUGAACGGGCUGAGGGACAAGCUGGCUGCUGCGACGAUUGAGCUGCAGCAGAAGGAGGACGAGGUGGAGAUGAAGAACCGGGACAUUGACAAUCUCAUUGCGGAGCAUGACCAUGUCGUCAACGUCGUCGAGGAGGAGUGGCGAGGGGAGGUCGAGGAGGCGCGCAACCAGGUUGAGGAGCUUCGCGAUGUCAUCGCAGAGCGCGAAAGCGAGUCGAAGGAACUCCGCAUGAACAUCUCCGAGCUCGAGGCGAACACCAACGAGCUUCACGCCAAGUUCGAAGCGACCCUCGCACACCUCGAGCGGGAGGCAGACGACAAGGAUGCCGAGCUAGAAGCUGCGAACCGUGAGGUCGAGAAGCUUGGCGAACAUAUCUACGAGCUUGAGGAGGAGAAUGAGCGGAUCAAGGAGGACUAUGAGCACGCGAGGGAGGAGGACGUUGCCGAACGCGAGCAACUCGAGGCACUCUCGUCGGCGCUCAAAGAGGAGGAGCUCGCGCAGCACAUCGAGGACCUCGUCGCCGAGAACGAGCGCACCGAAGACGCCCGCACACAGGCGGACGCCGCGCUCGCGGAGGCCCAGCGCGAGCACGAGGCAGCCCUACGCGCGGAGCAGCGCGCGCUCGAGGCGAAAGACGCGGCGCUCGACACGGCGCACGCGGACCUCGCGCGCACGCGGGAGACGCUCGCGCAGCGCGAGGCGGACAUGCAGGCGGUGCAGGGCGCGCUGAGCAGCGCCGAGGCGCAGUCGCGCGCGCUCGGGGAGAGCCACACGACCGCGCGGUUCUCGCUUGAGCUCGAGGUGGACCGGCUGAAGCGGGAUGUCACGCGCCUUGAGGACGAUCUUGCGCGCGCGCGGCGGGACGCGGAGGAGCGGGAUGCGGGGAAGCGGGAGAGGGACGGGGCGCUGGAUGCGAUGAGCGCGGAGAUGCGCGAGUUGAGUGCACAGCUGAGUGCGCAGAUGCAGGCGAGGAUGAACGCGACGGAGAAGCUCGAUCAGGCGCAGGCGGCUCUGAAGAAGGCGGAGGAGGAGGCUGCGGCUGCGAAGGCGCGCGCUGGGGAGCUGCAGGACAGGCUCGCGAAGGACCAGCGGAGCUUGUACAGCGCGGAGAACCAGUAUCGGGAUCAGCUGACGGAGCGUAAUACGCUGCUGUUGACGAUCUAUCAGUACAUGGAUAAGAUCUUGGGCGUCGACAAGACUCCGCCGUUCACCAACUUUGGCGUGUUCCACGACAACCUGAUCACGCGGCUCAAGUCGCUCUCGCAGAUCCAGAUUGACUUCGACAAGCGGACCAAGGAGAUGGAGGGGCGCUUCAACGAGAAGAUGGCCGACAUGCGCAAGCAGCUCGACUCGCGCUGGAGGCAGAUCGACAAGUUCGAGACGAGCGUGCGCUCCUACGGAGACGCCAAGGCGAACUGGCGGCGCAAGUUCACGGCCAAGGAGGGCGAGCUCGAGGCGCUCAAGGCGACGAACACGGAACUCGCAUCGCAGCUCGGCUCCGCGACGCGCCGGCCCACGGGAGACGCCAACGAGGUCCGGAGUCUCACGUCGCGCGCGACGAACGCGGAGAAGCGGCUCACGGUUGUGCAGAACCAGCUGCUGCUCGCGGAGGAGAAGAUGUCGACGAUGAACCAGCGGACGAGCGCGACGGACGCGCGGUGGGAGGCGCGCGUGAAGGAGUACGAGGCGCGCAUGCGGGCGGCCGAGGAGAAGUACAAGCGCGAGCGGCAGGGCGGCAAGGAGCGGGUGCUGGAGCUCGAACAUCAUGUCAAGAGUCUGGAGAGACAAAUGGAGAUCGCGCAGAGGCGCAGCAUCCAGCUCGACAAUGUUAACGAGGCCAACACGCCCAAGAUGUCUCGAAGCGGGACUCGAUGAUCGCUUUCACGUCCCCUCCUGCCUUGUUUUGUUCAUCUAUCCUUGUUCUUAAUCUGUUUUUCUUCGUCGCCUUGACUCUUGUUCCUAGAUAUGGCAUACCCUCAGGAUAUGUAUAACUCACGCCUUUCACGAACAUUUCCGCCUGCACGAUGUCCGAUCUUCGCUGAGCGUUGAUUGCACCUCCCUUCGAUUUUUGCUUUCGCUUGCUCUUGCAUCAUAAUAAUCGUACCUAUUAAUCGCUAUAUCCUUUAUUUACGCAUUUGUACUUCUAUCCUGAC